ACGUGAUGAAUUCGAAAAAUUAUUAAAAGCAUUUAUUAUCAAUAACAAUUUAGGAUCUAACAUUUAAUUUUAAAUUAAGGACAUGAAUAAUGGUGUGUAUAGUGAAUGGAGACUCGAGUCCUGAAACAAACAAAACUGAAAUAGUUUAAGCGCAUUUGUUUAACACGCUAUUGUGAAUGAAAGUUAACACAGAAGUAGAAGAAUUGCCGAAAUUUGUCAAAAGAUUUUUUGAUGUGAGUCAUUCUUGUCGUUAGGUUACUCUGUACUGGUUACACACGGAAAAGGUGUAAAAGGUGGAAUCAAGAAAUAGUAGAACAUUGACAGGACUGGUUUAAAUUACAUUUAGUGCUAAAAACAAAAGUUUUAAUAAUGCCGAAUAACGACAAAGAACCACAAAAUAUACAGAAUAAUAAUGAGCGUAAUACUUUAGAAAGCACGCAGGCCGUAGCCGCUGCCACUGAAGCAUUGAUUGCGGCCGCUGUAGCCGGCAGUAAAUCUGCCCCCACUGCCAAUAAUAAGGAAUCUGGAACUAAUGAUGUGGAAAAACAACGCGCUGAUGUGAAAUCCACUUCAGCAGGUUUACUCAGAAAUCAAGGUUUGUUGCAGGUACUUUCCGAAGUUGCAGCUGCUGGCCGACAAUCCAAACAAUUUGCCUUUUGGUCUACACAGCCAGUACCAAAACUAAAUGAAGAUAUUACCACAAAUGAAUGUAUUGAACCGGAUAAAGAUAUCUCGGAAAUUCGCCCCGAUCCAUAUACCUUGCCAGAAGGAUUUAAAUGGGAUACUCUUGAUUUGAACAGUACCACCGAUUUAACAGAAUUAUAUACGCUGUUGAAUGAAAAUUAUGUGGAGGAUGAUGAUGCUAUGUUUCGGUUUGAUUAUCAACCCGAAUUUCUUAAGUGGUCAUUGCAACCUCCCGGCUGGAGACGAGACUGGCAUGUUGGUGUACGUGUGGUGAAAUCGGGGCGCUUGGUUGGUUUCAUAUCUGCUAUUCCAAGCAAGCUGCGCUGUUAUGAAAAAGUGCUUAAAACUGUUGAGAUCAAUUUUCUAUGCGUUCAUAAAAAAUUGCGUAGUAAACGUGUUGCACCAGUGCUAAUACGUGAGAUUACUCGCCGUGUAAACUUGACAGGGAUUUUCCAAGCUGCGUACACCGCGGGCGUUGUACUGCCUAAACCAGUCUCCACAUGCCGGUAUUGGCAUCGUUCACUGAAUCCCAAAAAACUUGUUGAGGUCAAAUUUUCACAUUUAGCACGUAACAUGACUAUGCAACGAACGAUAAAAUUGUACAAACUACCAGAUCAGCCGAAAACCAAAGGUUACCGUCGUAUUCAACCCAAGGAUAUGGACAAAACACAGAAGCUACUUGAAGAGUACCUCAAAAAAUUCUAUUUGAGUCCAGUUUUUUCAAAAGAAGAAUUUCGCCAUUGGUUCACUCCGAAAGAUGGUAUUGUUGAUUGUUUCGUGGUGGAAGAUGAGCAGGGAAAUAUAACCGAUAUGACAAGUUAUUACUGUUUGCCGUCAUCGGUGAUGCAUCAUCCAGUACAUAAGACUGUACGUGCUGCUUAUUCGUUUUAUAAUGUGUCUACAAAGACACCGUGGUUGGAUUUAAUGAAUGACGCAUUGAUCUCAGCAAAGAAUGUAAAUUUAGACGUCUUCAAUGCACUUGAUUUGAUGGAGAAUAAAAAUUUCCUGUUUCCUUUGAAGUUUGGUACUGGCGAUGGCAAUCUGCAAUAUUAUCUCUACAAUUGGCGUUGUCCAGCUAUGAAGCCAGAAGAUGUGGCGCUCAUUUUAAUGUAGUUGACAUUAGCUAGAAAGGCUACAGACACUAAAAACAACAUAAGAAAUUAAUAAAAAUCGAGCACAUACCACAAAUAGUUAAAUAAUAAAAAUGCCAGUCCAAUUCCACCAUCACGACCAAUAGUAAUAAUGUAAACGAAAAAGCAUGAAUAUAUAGUGACGACAAUUAAUGAUAUGGUUAGAAGAUUACAUAUUAAUGUAAUUAAAACUGUGGACGUUCUAUGAUGGAUUCCCCUUAAAACUAUUCCGUAUGUGUGUUGCAAAUUUUAAGUUGUCCAUAAGCAGCUUUAGUAAAAUAAAAUAUAGCACAACAAAGUUAAGCAGUUGCAAUAAAAUCAUACAUACAUAUGUAUGUAUCCAUGUACAUAUUUUCAAUUUUAUACAUAUACGUAUGUAGAUGAGUAUGCUUUAAACUAAGUUUACUUAUUUCUUUCCAUCGUAGCAGAGCAAAAUUAAUAUGUUUACUACAUUCACGUAUUUUAUUAAAGACUUGGUGCAAAUCUCUAUUGGUGGCGUUACAAUUUCUAACAGCACAACUACGUAAGGUUUGAAUUGUCUAUGGACUACGAAUAAAAGCAAUAAUGCAAAUUCCGAUUUUGUUCUUUAGAUUAAUUAAUUACAAAUGAAUUAUAUAAAUAAAACCUACGAUAUUUUAAGCAUACAAAUAUGGUAAACACAUUAUUCAACUCAUUAAAUGUAUUGUGAAGUUUUAAUCAA